UUUGUAUUAUCUAAACGGUGUGUAUGAAAGACUUAAAAUUUGUUUUUAGCGUUGGUAAAACGGCGUCUUUUUUUGAGGAUUAAAGUUUUGUUGUAUAAAAUUUAUUAAGUACUAUAGCCUGUGCUCAAGAUCUUCAAAACCAUUUGGAAAGAAUUAUGAAAUUAAAUUUAGUUAAGCAAGUGCAUGAAUUUAUUUAACAAGAAUGGCCAAUCGUACUGUAAAGGAUGCAAAGACUGUACAUGGAACUAAUCCUCAAUAUUUAAUUGAAAAAAUUAUCCGUUCCCGUAUUUAUGAUAACAAGUUUUGGAAAGAAGAAUGUUUUGCUCUUUCAGCCGAACUGUUGGUGGACAAAGCAAUGUCAAUACGUUAUAUUGGAGGUGUUUAUGGUGGAAAUAUCAAACCUACACCAUUCCUUUGUCUCACGUUAAAAAUGCUGCAAAUACAACCAGAAAAAGAUAUUAUUGUAGAAUUUAUAAAAAAUGAAGAAUUCAAAUAUGUUCGAGCUUUAGGUGCAUAUUAUAUGCGAUUGACAGGUUCUUCAGUAGAUUGUUAUAAAUAUUUGGAACCAUUACUGGCCGACAGUCGUAAAUUAAGGAGUCAAAAUCGUGAAGGACAAUUUGAACUUAUUUAUAUGGAUGAAUUUAUUGAUUCAUUAUUAAGAGAAGAACGUGUAUGUGAUGUUAUUUUACCUCGUGUUCAAAGUAGACAUGUUUUAGAAGAGAAUAAUGAACUAGAACCCAAAGUAUCUAUUUUGGAAGAAGAUAUUGAUGAAGGUAUUGAAUCUUCAGAUGAAGAAGAAGUUAUAGAAAAAAAGAAAGAAAAAGAUAGUAGAGAGAAACGGUCUCCAGCAAGAGAUAAAAGAAGAGAAAGAGACCGUGAUCGUGAUAAACGAGACAAAAAUAGAGAUAGGGAUAAAGAAAGAGAUAGAGAUCGUGAUCGUGACCGUAGAGAUCGUGAUAGAAGAGAUAGAGACCGUCAUAGAAGAAGUAGGAGCCAUGAUCGUGAUAGAUCAAGAAGACAUAGGUCAAGAUCACCUUAUAAAAAGUAAUUUGUAACUUUAUUUUAAGUAUACAUGUAUUUCCUUUUUUUUUUUUUAUAUAUAUAUAUAUAUACAAUAAAAUAUUAAUCAAAAUAA